GUGCAACAGGUGACGAGAGCAAAGGUACCAUGCAGUCCUCCGUAAGAUUGGUCGCCGCAUUAGUACUACUCACAUCUGCACUAGCGAGCGCUUACCACAACAGCGCGAAGUUGCGCCGUGAUGGAGUGCUCAACUUAUAUCCAUUCCCACGAGUGGGGAGAGCGAAUAGACAUACUUGGCAGGUUCCACACAACGAAAUGUAUUUAGAUUACGAGCCAAUAGAGAAACGACAGUUGUACGCGUUCCCGCGAGUCGGUCGCAGUGAUUUGUCACUGCUGCGGGAGCCGGUCGCGGAACCCCUGCACGUCCGCCGUUCAGACACCAACGGCAUGUGGUUCGGACCUCGAGUGGGAAGAUCCUUCAAAAGUGAAGAUGAUGAUAUCACGUUCCAAAAUGAAAGCAGCGACCGCAGUGAGCCUGAACUAAUGGAACCAGUGCACGAGGAAAGAGAAAAAAGGCACACCAAACAAAACUGAAUCACUUACUGCACAUAACGCAGCUGCAAUUCCAAAUACCUUGAGCCUUUACUGUAUUAUUUAUAAUAAGUAGUAAACACACCUGGAAUCUGGUACUUGCGAAAUACUAGUCAUAAAGUUACACCUAUCCUACCCAUCGCUAUCUUAUUUAUUUUGACAACUGUCAACUAUUCUAUUUACAAAACUUGUUAAAUUGUAAAUGGUAUUAUAUUGAUAAUACGUUAUAAAUGUAUUGCGUGUAAUAAAUUAUUAUAAAUAUUAUAAUAUUUGUUAUUAAUAAAAAUAAAAAUAUUAUUUAUUGUUAUCAUAAAUUGCCAGAGUUAUUUCCAAAGGCUGGAUGGAUUUCUAAGCGUUUUUCUAAUUGUAUUUAUGACUCUCUAAUCCAUGAAAUGAUUCUGGCAAAAUAUUGUACUCUAAUAUAAAUAAAUGACAGAUAGUUGUUUAUAAGUCGUGAAGUUAUUGAAAUAAAACGAUGAGUCAGUCAUGGGUC